AUUUGUACAGUCUUUCCGCCAGGUGGCAGUGUUACACUACACUGUUUACCCUGAAACGCAACACCAGUUCCCUAAGCAAAGCGCUUUCACUACACAAUGGCCGCGGGUCACCGCUACAGACCUUACGCAGUCCUCAAUGUGUCCUCGCUGAUCCAAUAUACACGCAAUACAAUAGCUUGCGGUGUAAUGUUGCUUCAGUCAACAAGCCUCUCAAUGGCUCAAAGACUUGUGUCUGCGCCACAUGAGGAAGUAACAUUUCCAGUUAGCAAAGUGCUACGCUUCACACUUGAGACCACCUCUCAGUGCGGUUGGGCUGUACUUCGUUCAGGGAAGAACUCACUUCUUUGCAGUAGAUCGAGAGAUCGCCACUGACAACAUGAAGAGAGAGGGUCCGUGCGCUGUUUACUGUGUCGCCCUGCUUGUUCUUGUUGUGGUUGUUGAGAACACCUUGGCUCUGACUGGUCCACCUGGCAGCGUAUGCGGCAGUCAGUGUUGUGACGGGUGGGACCAAGUUGAGGACACCUGUGUCCACUGCUUCUACCCAUGUAUACACGGCACCUGUGUGGACACUAACGUCUGUGAGUGUGAGCCUGGGUGGGAAGGAGGAGAUUGCAGAUAUGACGUUGACGAGUGUUGGUAUGAGACCCACGCCUGUCACCACAACUGUCACAACAACGAUGGAUGUUACACCUGUUCCUGUGACGACGGCUUCCACCUCAUCAACUCCACACACUGCGUCAGUUCUCCAACCUCCGACAUCAGCAGUACACCGGCGGGCCUUCCACAGGGGGCUACAGAGAUUCCUACACACUGUGUCACAGCUACAACAACAACUGUGGGCAGGGUAACAGCACAAACUACACAUAGAAUCACCGACACCACAGCUAGCGGUUUGCGUACAACCCCCACACAUAGUAUCGGCGAUGAUACAAGCCCCGCAGUCACUACAACUGUGAGCAGGGUAACAACAAACCGUCCACGAAGAACCACAAACGCUAAAGCUAGCAGUUUACGCACAGAUUCCACGGCCACCUCUAGCGGUUUUCAUACACGUUCUACAGCCACUACAACUGUGGAGAGGACAACGACAAACUCUCCACAGAGAACCACCAACACUCAAGCUAGCAGUUUAAACACAAAUUUCGCGACCACUACAGCAACAGCCGACUUGACAGCUACAACUACUGCACAGAGAACCACUAGGGUGACCUCUAGAGGUUCACACACACGUUCUACAGCCACACAAACUGUGGACAGGACAACGACAAACCCUCCACAGACAACCACCGAGACCGCAGAUACAAGUUUCACAGUCACAACUACAGCUUCCGUUACAACACUGAGGACCACCCGAGCUAACGGAGCAGCAGGCCGACCCCUAACCCAUCCCGUGCACGACAACAGCAUGGCACCGCCGGUCACUACACCUGUCACGUACGACAAUGGCAGAAGCCCAGCUCCACAUGGAGGACGUGAUCACCAAAACGUCAGCCUGGUGAUCGGGGUAGCUGGCGGUGCGGUGAGUCUGCUGUUCAUCUCUAUCGCGUUACUGAUCUUCUGCGCGAGAAGGAAGAAACCAUCAGAAACAGCAGCACGCCAACAGUUCGCAAACUUACCACAACAACCCCGCGGCUCCCUCCCCGGCUACAGCGACACGCACUGGCGAAAUCCAGCUUUCGACAACCUGUACGAAGAAAUUCCCGAGCUGCGCAGCCCGCCGCCGCCGUAUGAAGCAGCAGGCGGCCACCAAGCUUCAGACGGCUUCACGGCUGUAGCCGAAAUGCCUAGUUGUGGACUAACAGAUACGAAGAGCGUGGGCGUUUCGGACGUUGGUAUUUCACUCGCAGGUGCCACUCCUGUACUUCAAAAUGGGAAGAAUGAGAAUCUUUCUAGUACUCUGUGUAACUUGCAUGUCGAUAUGCAGAAAGCGCCGCCACAACAGGACGAUGGUUAUGAACCGCUAAAGAAGGUUCCUGGCAACGAGUAUGAGAGUCUAAAGCGUUGGUGAAUAAGUGAUACGCCUGCCAUUUAUCAACAGUUAAUGAGUGUCCGUAAAUAGUGAAAUGUAGGAUUGUAGCAAUAAGCGGUACAUAUCGCUCAUGUGAUAAAAUACACGGAGCAACGUUCUGUUUUGUUUUUAUUCACAAGGUGUGCCUACA